AUGGCGGCCGCAAUGGAUGUUGAUGACAGUGGUGCUGACGGAGAUUUGGAAGUUCCUGGAGGUUCAGGAGAAAAGGGAGGAAAGAAAAGAUUUGAAGUUAAAAAAUGGAAUGCUGUUGCUUUAUGGGCUUGGGACAUAGUAGUUGAUAACUGUGCUAUCUGCAGAAAUCACAUCAUGGAUCUUUGUAUAGAAUGCCAGGCUAAUCAAGCCUCAGCCACGAGUGAAGAAUGCACAGUAGCAUGGGGAGUUUGCAAUGUAAGUUUGACUGAUAUACAAAAAAUAAAAUCCUGUUACACUUUAAUUCUGUAG